AUGACAGUAGAUGACGCAGUUCCGUCGACAGUUGACGUAGUACCCUCAGCAAGAACCGAGCUCGAGAUAUCUGAUGACAGUGCUGGUUGCUCGGUGCUAGUCGGAGUUACCUCGAAGCUCGCAGUGCUCAGCGACUCAGUCUCAGUUAUUGUCAGAGUCUCUUCGCUAGCAGAUGGUGUUGAUUCGGAAGAGCUUGUAACAAUGGCCGAGGGUGUAACGACAUCAGAAGUGACAGCAGAAGGCGUGACAUCCGCAUCGCUCGAAACGGGAGUAACAUCCACACUUACUGUAGAGGUGGAGGAGAUCUCGACGGACGAAGAUACGAUAUCGGAAACCUCGCUGGCGGUGGAAGACGAGCUCUCAGCAACUGGAGUAGAAGCCACAGGCGACGUGGUGGUGACGGUGUCGGUCGAAGAAACCACGUCCAGGCUUGUGGUUAUCGUCGACGACGGUGUCUCUGUCAAGGUAGCUUCGGAUGAGGUCGAAAGCUCGGAGGAAGAGGCAUCGGGAGUAGCAACAACAGACGAGGAUGAAAGCUCUGGAGUGUCGACUGCGGCUGAAGACGAGAUGAUGAUCUCGGAGGAGACAGCGGCAGAUGACGAAACAACAUCCGAAGAAGCAACGACUGGUGAAGAGGAGGCUUCGGGUGAAACAACGGCGGAAGAGACGGCCUCUUCAGAAGACGUGAUGGAGGUAGAGGACGCGGCAACGACCGAGGAAGAAACAGCAGGCGUCGAAGUAGCGCUCGACGACGAUGGUGACACAAAAGCGCUGCUAGACCUCGUUGGCGUAACAGAAGACGAUGUUGACGACCUCAAGGAGCUCGACGUCAAACGAGUGGAGGAAGAUGUCCGACUGCUAGACGAGCGUAUCGAUGUCGUGCGGGUAGAAGAAGACCUAGCAGAGGAACUCCUCGUAGGAGUUGUGCGUGUAGAAGUCGUUCGCGUAGACGCUGAUCGAGUCGAAGACGACCGGACAGAAGAUGAUCGAACAGAGCUAGUAGUCAAUCUAGCAGAGCUAGAAGAAGAGCGAACGGCCGAUGAAGAACGAGCAGAAGUCUGUAAAGUGGACGAAGAGCGAGCGUUAGGACAGAUACCAAAGUCAGACUUGCAACCAGCGCCGCAGUGA